AUGGCAGAGUCUGGGUUUGACAUAGGGUUCGGCCUCGAAGGUUCGCACGUACUGGUAACCGGAUCUUCGGGGGCUAUUGGAUCAGUGGUGGUCAAAGCAUUCCUUGCCGCAGGCGCAUAUGUGUCGGCAUUUGAUCUUGUCGAGCCUCGGCAACCCAACCAAAACGAGCGGCUCAACUUCUACCAGGUCGACAUCACAGAUGAGUCCAGGGUAGAGCAGGCUAUGGAGUCAGCCAGGACUGUGUUCGGGGUAAUAACAACAUGCGUUUUAGCCGCAGGUCUGGACUUGUCCUACUGCCCUCAACAGUCCCUCGUCGACAUGCCACUUAAAGCGUGGCAGAAAGUGCUGAAUGUCAAUGUCGACGGCACAUUCCUGACCUGUCGAGCGUGGCUUCGAGGCAUCAGAAGACACGGAACACCCGAGGCCAAAAAUAUCUCUGCUAUUCUUUUCGGUAGCGAGGCCGGAACCUUUGGAGUUCCAUUGUGCGCGCCGUACGCCGCUUCGAAGUCGGCGAUUCAAUACGGCCUUGUCAAAUCGCUCGCUCGCGACGCCGUCAACAUCAACCCACGUUGUCGUAUCAAUGCCGUCGCGCCAGGUCCUGUAGCCACAGCGCAAUUUCAAAAGGAAUGUGACGAUGAUCCAAAGGCUUUGUGGCGUGAAGCCCAAGCAACCGUUGCAUUACAUCAGCCGGUCCCAAUUGAGGCGGUCGCAAGAGCCUGUCUAUUCCUCGCAAGCGACAAGUUUUCUGGUAACAUAACUGGACAAGUGUUGCCGGUUGACUCUGGGAAGAGUGGCGCUCUGCUGUGGCCAGAAGCACCAUAG